AUGUUUUUCGACGAACGGAUUGUAACGCUGUUCAAGAAGAAUGCCCAUCACACGCUGACCUACUGGAGCGUUUUCUUCAGCUUCGGACUCUGCAUCGCUUUCCUCGGGCCGACCAUUUUGGACUUGCAAUGUCAAACCAACUCGACGCUCAGCCAGAUCACCUGGGUGUUCUUCGCCCAGCAGUUCUGCCUGUUGAUCGGCAGCUCUGUUGGCGGCAUUUUCAAACGGACGUUGUUCCGUGCUCUCGGCGCCUUAUUCGUCUCCGCUCUCGUCAUCUCUUUGAUAUUCGCCAUCAUCCCAUUUUGCAAUAAUGUCCUCCUGCUGGCCAUCGCCAUGGCUGUGUCCGGUUUGGCGAUGGGCAUCAUUGACACCAUAGCCAACAUCCAGCUGGUGACCAUCUAUCAGAAGGACUCUGCUGUUUUUUUACAGGCUCUUCACUUUUUCAUCGGGUUCGGAGCCCUGGUGAGCCCCCUGAUCGCAGAUUCCUUCCUCUCAGAGACAGGCUGCGGGAAUCACAUGGCGAACCAGACCGAGAUGAUUCAUCAUUUAAGGAGCAUGCUGAGGAACAGUCCCACUGCAGAGCACAACAUAACUCUACAACAUGAGGGAGGGGGCUGGGAACCCAGUGUGCACAAGGCUUUCUGGAUCAUGGCAUUUAUUAAUCUGCCUGUGCCACUGGCCGUGUUGUUCCUGAUGUAUCGGGAGCAGCUGAUCCCGUGUCUUCCCAGCAGCACUCCUCGCCUCCUGGAUAAAGAUGAACUGGCGAUGGAGAACCAGCAGGGGGCUGAGGGCCAGGAGGUGGAGCAGAAGGAACAUGAAGCAGGAGGUCAUGGGGAUAUCUUCAGUUGCUGUCAGAAUGAUAACCUGCGUGGUUUGCCAGCGUCCUUCUUCAUGAUUCAUAUCUUCGGUGGGCUGGUGCUCUUCAUGACUGACGGUAUUGUGGGUGUAUAUGCUGGCUUCGUGUACACGUACGCUGUGGAAGCUCAUGAGACACUGUCUCAUCAGACAGCAGGGUACCUGGCCAGUAUCUUUUGGGCAGCCAUCACCGCUGGACGCCUGUUGUCCAUUCCUCUGUCGUUUCGUAUCCAGCCCGUGAAGCUGCUCAUAAUCAACCUGGUGGGGGCCAUUGUUACUGUGCUGAUGCUGCUCAUUUUCUACAAGAGCAGCAUCUUCUUGUUUGUUGGUACCGGUUUAUGUGGGCUGUUCCUCAGCAGCAUCUUCCCCUCUAUGCUCGCCUACACUGAAGACAUCCUCGAUUACCAGGGAUGUGCAACCUCAGUCCUGGUGACAAGUGCAGGGAUGGGAGAGAUGGUGAUGCAGGUUCUCAUUGGCCAAAUCAUCCAGACUGAAGGCAGCUACAGCUUCCUGUUGUGUGGAGUGAUAAUCGCCUGCAUGGGAUUUAUCUUCUUCAUCGGGCUGCUGCUGUUCCAUCGAAUGCACAGAAAUUACCUAUUAGGAACAUCGAAAAAGUCCACCAUGGUGGAGGAACCGGCGGCAGCAGAGCAGAACGGAUCCGCCAAAACAGAAGCGAACAAGGAGAACGAGAGCAGCUGA